UGCAACACAGGCGGCUCUGAGCGCCGCACUUCCUUAAAAACCUUCAUCUGAGGCUGAAAGUGUCUGAGCGUCGCUUGUUUAUUGAGCUGUUUCCCGUCAGGUUGAAUGGUGACGUUGAUUAUGCGUGUGUGUGUCGGAAGGUGCUUGUGCAGCGUGCAGGAGGAAUGACUCUGAGCUCCGCGGGGGCUUGCUGCCUCAGCCCCGAGGCCAAGGAAGCCCGCAGGAUCAACGACGAGAUCGAGAGGCAGCUCCGCCGGGACAAGAAGGAGUCCCGACGGGAAUACAAGCUCCUGCUGCUGGGAACUGGUGAGAGUGGAAAGAGCACUUUCAUCAAACAGAUGAGGAUCAUCCACGGCUGUGGAUACUCCGAAGAGGACAGGAGAGGUUUCACGCGACUGGUUUACCAGAACAUCUUAACAGCCAUGCAAGCUAUGAUCCAGGCCAUGGACACUUUACAGAUCCCCUUCAAAUAUGAAUACAACGAGGCAAACGUCAGUCUGGUCGGUAGCAUUGAUGUGGAAAGGGUCACGACAUUAUCAAAGCAGUGUGUGGAUGCCUUGAAGAGCCUGUGGAGAGACCCGGGGAUUCAGGAAUGUUACAGUCGGAAGAGGGAAUACCAGCUCUCAGACUCGGCCAAAUAUUAUCUGAAUGAAUUGGACCGAAUAGCUGACACUGCUUAUCUGCCGUCCCAGCAAGAUAUCCUGAGGGUCCGGGUGCCCACGACGGGCAUUAUAGAGUACCCUUUUGACCUGGAGAAAGUGGUGUUCAGGAUGGUGGAUGUGGGUGGCCAGCGCUCUGAAAGGAGGAAAUGGAUUCACUGCUUUGAGAACGUGACGUCCAUCAUGUUCUUGGUAGCGCUCAGCGAGUACGAUCAAGUUCUGGCUGAGUCCUCCAGCGAGAAUCGAAUGGAGGAGAGCAUGGCCUUGUUCAAAACAAUCAUAUCCUACCAAUGGUUCAAAUACUCCUCAAUCAUCUUGUUUCUCAACAAGAUAGAUCUACUGGAGGAAAAAAUCAUAACUUCACAUUUGGUUGACUACUUCCCUGAGUAUGACGGUGCCCAACAGGACAUCCAAGCAGUGAAAGAGUUCAUCCUGGACAUGUUUGUCAGUCUCAAUCCAAACGAGGACAAAAUCAUCUACUCCCACUUCACAUGCGCCACGAAUACGGAUAAUAUUCGAUUUGUCUUCUGCGCCGUGAAGCACCACAUCUUGCAGGGCAACCUGGAGAACCACAACUUGGUUUAAAAUGCUGGUGAUGCCGCUGUAAUUUAAUCGUCUUUGUAUAGCAGGCAGGGGAAGGGGGGGUUCUGUAGUGAGCUCCUCCACACUAUAAUCCAAAACAGGAAAUUGAGAAGCUUCAGAGCUUGUCGUCAGAUCACUGUACUGCUGAUGCAUUUCAAAUUUUCUUGUUAGACUCUUUGAAAAUGGAUGUCUGCAGUUAUUAUGAAGUGUGACCCGCCAAUUAAAGUGCUGCCCUGCUGAGGAGUCUAAUAUAGCACGCACUCUGAAAUUUAUGGAGCGCUUUGUGGACGCUUUUGAACAGCAACAAUGUAAAUGCACAUAGAAGGAUUAAGAGGGGGUAUUUUAGUGGCCUCAAAGCCCUUAUGAGGAACUGUGAUGUGCGAGAUUUCUCCUUCAGGGAAUCUGCUGGAGCGCCUCACGUCACUAACUCCAUCAGUUUAAAACAGUUUGAAAUGCUUAGUUUGUGUCAUCUUGCCUGCGAGGGAAGAAGUUAACACUAAUGGCACGCGUAUCUAAUUGCAGGUGUAACUCGGAUGGUGUAAAGUGUAGAAAUAAUACUUGUGCUUCACUUUAGAGGGUUUCUGCAAAUUUCGUUUCAAUUGAUCGUAAACUUAACGUUCAUCUUUGGUAACAUUGUUUCAAACACUUUUUGAGUGCAUUAUUGAUGUAGUUUCCUUUUUUGGAUACAUAAAGGGAUAAUGUAGUAUAUUCUUUCAGUUCAGGGACUUUUUAAUUGGAAGUUUUGACUAGUUUCUGUACCUAAAAAAAAUAAUUUCCCAAAAAGAUCAGAGUUUACACUAUUAGUCUAGGCAGAAUUUCUGAAAAUGUGCUUAUUUAAAGUGCUGAAGGCAUUUUGUGAAUAUUUACAAUAUACAACAUUUCUAGGGGUAUUAAGGGGUGCUGAAUCCAAAUCUGCUGUAUAUGAAGCUCAAAAAUGUCCCAAAAUGCCUCAAAAUUGAGAAAUCCAACACGGCCGCCAGGCUGAAAUCUAUUUUUCAGUAUAUCUUUUUGACUAAACAAGGUACAAAAAUGAAUUAAAUGUACUUUUGUAAGUUUUCCUACAUGACAACCUCUUUAUCACUAAUGACCACCUUUUUCUCUAUACUUGUGCUGAUUAUUGACACGUGAUCUAAAUCAGGACAGGAUGUUAAAUUCCCAUGUGUGAAAACCUGUGAACAUUUAAUUCAAGUUCGUAACUUUUUGUACAUUUGUUUGUACAUUUGACCUCAAAACAAAAUACAAAGUAAGUAAAAGUAGCCUAAUAACAAUAAUAAUAACUGAGUAAUUAUUCAUAGUUAAAAACAACUUUUUUUUGCAAUAUCUAAGCAGUUUCUUCACAUUACAUCUCAAUUCUGAAUAUGGCAUCGAAUUGCCCAUGUAGGAAAACUUACAAAAGUACAUUUAAUUCAUGUUUGUACCUUGUUUAGUCAAAAAGAUAUACUGAAAAAUAGAUUUCAGCCUGGCGGUGGCGGCCAUGUUGGAUUUCUCGAUUUUGAGGAAUUUUGGGACAUUUUUGAGCUUCAUAUACAGCAGAUUUGGAUCCAGCACCCCUUAAUACCCCUAGAAAUGUUGUCAGUUGUAAAUAUUCGCAAAAUGCCUUCGGGGUUCUGAUUUUGUGAAAAUUUACCCUGUCUAUAUUAUUUCUUAAUGCACACCGGUCAUGUCUUACGGUACGCUAAGCUCCUGCUGUGGUUAUUUUCUAUUGUAACUCACAUCAAGGGCGUUGUUUUAAAGGUAAAAUGCAAAUGAGGGAACUGUUAAAUGAGGGUUCAAACUCGUACGUUACUGAUCCGAAAUAAUGCAGAUCAAAGGUAUCACAUGCACAAAGAAAAAGCUCAUAUGCGAAGCCACUGUGCUAAUGUUUACACAACAGUUUUAUUCUUGUUUUGUAAAAUUAAUCACACUCUACUUUGUACUAUUUAAUUUAUGGGCACGUUUUUGUGUUGCCGUAGUCUUUGAAUGCAGUUUUACUGUUCUUAAAAGUAAUUGAAUAAAUAAACCAUUUUGCUCA